UUUGAAUAGAGUUAGGGCCCUGUCCACAAGUAUCCUGAUAUUUUUGAACCCUCAACUUUUUCUUCACGGGUUGGCUUCCCAUCAACAUAUCCGUGGACCUGUGUACUGGCAUGCAUUAUGGGCGCUGUAAUGAAACAUUUUUCUUGACCAAAGCCAUGAGUUGCGAGAAGACCUUCUAUCGAAAACUAAUAUCAAGUUCUUCACCAAGUAAUUGCAGCCAAAUGUACAACGUUCACGUGUAUGAUUGCUACAAAGAAACCCUCUUACAGUGUUACCGUGAUGCGAUAACAAACUGGCAACUACACGUCAGGGUGGGGCUACUCACCCUGGAUGCUUUUGGGGAGGCACAGUUUUACUGUUCUACCAAUAAAACCAUUAGAAAGCUGACAGAAAUGCCAGAUGAAGUUAGGAAACAUUUUCCAUGUUCAGAUGAGUACUUGGAAAAGGGACAAAAAUGUGCUGAUAAAGUUAGGAAUAUUCUUGCAAAUAAUCCAAGGGAUCGAUCAUUGUGCAGAGAGUACUCGCUGAGUGUCUUAUGUACACAAAAUGUCGCCAAGGCACACUGCAAUACAACAAUUGAGAUUCCUGGACAUCUUGGAGGAAAUCCAUUCUGUCCUGAAGAGAUGGUCGAGAAUGAUGGCAAAGAGGACGUGACCGAAAUCACUUCAAAACAACUGACUGAAGAUAACAAAGAUAAGGAUGUGGUCGAGAAUGAUGGCAAAGAGGACGUGACCGAAGUCACUUCUUAUUCUGAAGAUAACACAGAUAAGGAUGCAAAAGCAAUGGUUGAGACAAGUGUACCUUCGACAAGCUUGGCUGACAUUCAUCAUCCGGCAUGUUGGCAGUCUUGGUUUCUGGUUGCUAUGUUGGGCAUUUUGUUCUUUAACGCAUAGACCGAGAAUUUCUCCGUCACAGUUCUUGUUUUAAAUAUAACACGAAGG